CCGACUCUUCCAGAUCCCAAAAGCACCCCCUCUGUAUCCGCAUGUCUCCAGCUGAUGAUGUACAAGAAGCUACUUGAUUCCCUCCUGGCUCCGCCGCCGAACGCAUUCGAUUUCGAGUCUUAUUUCGUCUCUACUGGACUUGACGAAACCCAGCCAUUUGGCGACUGGUUCAUCGCGAGCAUUCACGAGCUGGUGGAGGAUUCUGGCUUCGAGGGGCUGCAAACUGCGGUCUGCUUGAAAGAUAUGGCGUCUGCAUGGUCUAAAGCGGUGGAACAGCUCGGCGUGGAGAAGGUGGACGAUACUCUGGAGGUCGUUUACCGCCUGCAGCCACGACCAAAGUUCCGUCGAGCAAGGGGAGCAGCGGCCACCGCCUCGCCCCCCCUUGCCUCAGUGGUGGAGGAUCGUGGCACUCCGCCGCUUCCGGACAUGACGGAGACAGACGUCCCCCAGGAUGUUAUCUUUCUCUCCUCUCCACCGUGCGCUAUG